AUCAGUUGUGCUACCAGAUAGACAAGUAGCGGAGUAGGAUCCGCUCUUAUCGCUAACGCUGCGGGGUCUCGUCAAUGGGCCAGAAUACUUGAACCAGUCAUCUCUCCAAAGUAGACGUUCCAUUCGUCCGCGAACCGCAUUGACGAUCCCUCCAUCUACAAUGGCCACUCAAACAACAGCACCAGUCCUGGAAACCUCUUCCACCACCCAGCUACGCCUUUCAUCCGGCAACGGGCCUGUGUAUCGGACGGUUCUCAGGACUCCGCUGCGAGAUGCCACGCCAUCCGAGAUUCCCGUCAUCGACAUCUCGGGCAUCUUCAGCAGUGUCGCAUCUGACCGUGCGUCUGUUGCUCGGCAGAUCCACGAUGCUGCUACCAACAACGGCUUCUUCUAUAUCAAAAACCAUGGCAUCCCCUCAGGCGUCACCGAAUCUGCGUGCUCUGCCUGCCUGGACUUCUUUCGCCAGCCUCUGGAGACCAAAGAACGAGCAAAUUCGGCCAGCUCUGGCCACUGGAACGGCUAUAAGCCUCCAAACUCGCAGCGAAUUAACUCUUCCGAGUCUGUCGAUGUCCGCGAGACCUUCUCUUGGACCUAUGACCCUACGUAUGAUCCAUCCAUAGCCGACGUCACUUCAAUCCCUCCCCAUAUCGCCAAGCAUAUGCGCUGCGAAGACUCCCACUGGCAGGCCACCUCCAAUAUUCCACACUUCAAAGAUGCUAUUGUCCGAUACUGGCAGUGUUGUCUCGGCUUGGCGCGGGCUCUCGUGCACUCGUUUGCUCUGUCGUUGUCCCUACCAGAAGACUUCUUCGACGAAAAGUUCUCGCAUCCGGACGCGGCCCUGGCCCUGAACUACUACCCGUCGAUCCCUGCGCCAUCCCCAGCAGACAAUGCAAACGACUUGGUCUCCAUUGGCUCGCAUACAGAUUUCCAGUUAUUCACGAUACUCUGGCAGGACGACAACGGAGGUCUCCAAGUCCUAAGCAAAGAUGGCCAAUGGUUGAGGGCCCCGCCCAUCCCCGGAACCUUUGUCGUGAACAUAGCAGAUUACAUGCAGCGCAUCACAAAUGACAAGUACGUGAGCACUGUGCAUCGUGCACAAAACUGGAGCGGAAAAGAGAGGAUCAGCAUGCCGUUCUUCUUUGGCUUCAACCUGAAUGAGAGCUGCGGGGUUUUGGAUACCUGCGUCGGGGAUGGAGAGUCCAAGAAGUACGAAGAGGUUGGCUGUCUGGAGUGGGUGCAGCGAAGGGUAAAGGAUAUGCACACAACCGAGUCAGACAAGGAUGAGAAGCAUUAGUUGAAAGAAUAUUUCCAUAAUCGAGAAGCGAUGCGUCUACUCGAUAUCUACGCAGUGCAUGCAUGGCUUAGACAUGGCAAGAGGGAUUAGUUAGACGAGAGCUAGAAUCAGCGAAUUAUUGGCUCAUGAUUUUAAUGAAAUCUCCUAUCACUGCUAGAGCCUGAUAGGCGUAAACAGGAG